AAACAUAUAAUUCUUCUACUAAUAAUAAGUGAUUCACACAAAUGAAUGUGAAAAAUUUCGCAAUAUUUCUAAAAAUUUCAAUUUUUCGCAUUUGUAUUCAAUAACGGGCAUCUAUCGCAACGUAUCGAGAUAAUAUUUUGGAUAUCACAAUUCAAAUGUGACAGCUUGUCGAUGGUUUGACAACCAGAAUUAUUGGUGUGACACACACGUGUAAUCAGAUGUUGUUAUUUUCUGUUUCGAUGUUUUUUUUUUACUCCAAUCUCAAUCGGUAGAAUUUGUAUUAAUGUGAUAUACAUAAAAAAUGUCUAAAGUGAAGCUGCAACAGCACAUUGCCACAACGCAGAAGCAAUUAUUAAAAAUAAAAGAAAAAAAUCAAAAAUAUGUGCCAGGUACGGUGAAUCUACAAAUUGUUGGAAAUGGAGCUCCGGGAGCACCGGCUUCGGUCUAUCUGUUUACAGAUCAAUCAAGAUAUCUCUUCAAUUGUGGCGAAGGAUUUCAAAGACUUGCCAAUGAGCAUAAAGUUAAAUUAACGCGAUUGGAGCAUAUUUUCAUCACACGUCGAAAAUGGCAUUGCAUUGGUGGUAUGCCUGGUCUCAGUUUGACUAUACAAGAUGCCGGAGUGCCUCAUAUUACACUUCACGGUCCAACUAAAUUAUACGAUGUUUUUCGAGGAAUGCGAAGAUUUGUGAUUUUGAAAAAUCUCAAAGUCGAUGCGCCGCAAUGUAAUCAGAAUGGAUUCUACGACGAUGCCGUAUUAAAAAUUCAUUACUUACCACUUAGACGAGAUGAGAGUAGCGACGAUUAUCCUGUGAUGUCAUUCAUUUGUGAAUGUAAGCCAAGACCGGGGGCAUUAAGUUUGGAGAAAUGUUUAAAGUUGGGCGUCCCAAAAGGUCCAUUGUUAGGAAAAUUGAAAAAUGGCGAAACGCUUAUUUUGGAUAAUGGCGUGACCGUUCGACCAGAAGACGUUCGUGAACCAGACGAUCCUGGGCCAGUUUUUCUAGUCAUUGAUAUUCCAUCGAUUGAUUUCCUGAUAAGUUUACAAAAUAAUGAAAAAUUCACUGAAUACUUGCGCAGCAGCCAUGCCGAACCCGACCGAACCGAUUUAAUUUUACAUUUUUCACCAGCAUCUGUCGUUGGCACGGAUGAGUACAAGGAAUUUGUAGAGUCAUUUCCAACUAGCACACAGCAUUUACUUAUAAAUGAACAAAAUACAUUCUCCGGUUAUGUGGCUGCACAUCGCAUGCAAUGGCAAUUAAAUCAAUUGAAUGAAUCUUUAUUCCCCAUCCUAAAAGAACCGCUUCCGGUAAAACAGGAUGAAUUCGAGAAUUGCACAAAAAAGAUGAAAUUGAGUGAAACACCACCGCAAGCAGAUACGGAUCAACAAGUAUCGAGGUUACAACAUGCAAUGCCAAUGACAUGUGUUCAUUUGCGUCCUCGAAAAUGGAUUGAUCGAAGUAUUGAAGCGAGACCAAGCUCGGCUGAAUUUAUUAAAGAAAUUACCGACAUUGACGGAGUGACUGAAACGUUAGAUGCUUUGAAACGGGAUCGCUUACAUUUAUCACCUGUUGAUCGAAAUUCUCAGUAUCCGAAAAUUGUAUUUUUUGGCACCGGCUCAUGUAUUCCGAAUAAAACAAGAAAUGUUAGUUCGAUUCUGGUGCACACAACAAAAGACGAUUGCAUAUUGCUCGAUGUAGGUGAGGGUACACUGGGUCAAAUAUAUCGUUUCUAUGGUGAUGAAUCGGAUGAUGUCAUUCGAAAACUUAAAGCUGUUUAUAUUUCACAUUUACAUGCUGAUCACCAUAUUGGUCUUUUUGGCAUAAUUCAAAAGCGGCAUCAGUUACUCUGCGAUGAAAGUACACCAAUUUUAUUGUUUGCUCCCAACGAAAUGAGUUCAUGGUUGACAUUCUACGAUAGUGAAAUCGAGCCAAUUAGUUCCGAGUUUGAAUUGAUCGAUAACGGUUCAUUGAUAGACGAAGGUUUGUCAGCAGAAAAAGCGGCCCUCGUGGGACUAUGUUCACUUCGUACCUGUGGCGUUGUCCAUUGCCCAAAUGCAUUCGGCGUCACAAUGACAAUAAAUCAAGAUCAACCAUUUAAAUUGACGUACAGCGGUGAUACGAAGCCAUGCAAUGCACUAAUCGAACUCGGUUUAAAUUCAACAUUAUUAAUUCACGAAGCCACCAUGGAGGACGAACUACUCGAUGAUGCAUUGCUAAAAAUGCACAGCACAACAUCGCAGGCCAUUGAACAAGGACACAGAAUGAACGCAAAAUACACAUUACUAACACACUUUAGUCAAAGAUAUGCAAAGAUUCCACGCAUCGAACAGCAUUUAGUUGAGAAUGUCGGAAUCGCUUUCGAUAACAUGGAGGUUGUCUUGAGCGAUUUAAAUUAUUUAAAUACGUUGUAUCCGGCAAUGAAAACAAUAUUCACUGAACAUUGGGAGCUCAUGGAGCAGAAAUCAAUAAAACGAGCCAAUAAAAAAGCGGCAGAACAGUCAGCAAAUGUGAUUACCAAUUAAUUCCAGGCUGGAAAAAUGCAUUUUAAAAAUGUGAAUUGCUUUUAUAAUAAAUUUGAAUUAAAAAGAAAAAAAUAAAGUUAGUCAAAUUAUUGUUGCGGA